GUCGAACGCAAACGAGGAAACCCGGUCCACCCAAUCGGUUUUUUAUCAUUAUUAUUAUUAUAAAAUACCUAUACCAUAUAUUACACCGGUGACGUGCCGAUGUAGACGAACUUUCUCGUCCGCUGGUGGCCUCUGCGCGCGUUGUGUCCGAUCGUACAGGUAUUUAGAUCUUCGUCGGCGUGAGAUGUGUCAGGAAUUUAAGAAUUAAAAGGUGACCCCUGAUGGGACUUCGAAGUUCAUCGCUGUCCAAGAAAAACGACGAUACACUGACAUGGGUGUUGCACAGGAGAAACUUUUGUCAACAAGAGCCCAGUCAGAAGCCUCGUGAAACGAAAUCGUAUGGCGGUUCAACAUCGUCCGAAUACCGUGGAAGAAGGCACAAUAACCAUGUUCAGAGAAAAAGAAGAAACCAUGUGCACUCAAACAUAUUAGACUACGGCAAGCCCGAGCAGACGUAUGGCUACGGAAUAUCUGAUUUGGACGAUUUCCUUUCAAAAUCGUCGAUCGGCCGGCCGGGCAACAUACCGAUGGUGCUGUGCACGGGCUGUCUGCUGUACCAGACGCAGCUGGACGACCACUACCAGACGGAGGUGGCGCUGCCGCUCGGCAUGGUGGUGAACGCGGUGUUCAAGAACGAGCAGUGGUUGUACGUGCAGACGCCGCACGCCGAGGAGGGGUACAUACCGUACGGCAGCUGCUUGCCGCUCGGCAUCGUGCCGCCGCCGGACGCGGCCAGGGCGCCGUGCUGGGAGACCCAGUCGGACGUGUUCCCCAGGCCUGUGGGCGACCGUCGCCGUCGGGGUCGCGGCCACCGGGGCGGCGGCAGCGUGGUCGGCUGUGGCGGCGGCGGCGGCGGCGAUUACGACAACGAUGACGACGACGACGACGACGACGACGAUCACUCCGAUGACGGCGGCGGCGGCGGCGACGGCAACCGUCGAGACGACCGGGACGUGGCCACGCUGCUGUUCCGGCGUCGCCACUGCAGUGGACGGCCGCCGUCGUCUCCGCCGCCGAUCCGGCGACCCUCCGCCGCCCUCAGAUCCGUCACCGGCUACGGAUACUUGUGACGACGCCGCGUCGUCGCACAAAUACUAUUUGACGUACCGCUGCGACUCGUUUGCGCACAUUCGACGUUUUUUACCUGAAAAUCGGCGACACGUUGACACGCGCGUGUGAAUCGUCACUGAUUGCGCAGCAGGACUCGUUAUCGAAUAUUUGACGGCAAUAUCAUAAUCUUAUAUUAUAGUCGAUCGUGUAAAUUAUAAAAUUUUAGAUUUUCCGUACGCCCAACUACUUUUUUAGUACAGUUUUUUUAGCGGUUAUGGUUCAGUGUAGAGGCGACUACGACUAUUGUCACCGGCUAUGGUGUGUUGACGAGACUCGAUAACUUUUUAAUACGGACCACGUAGAAAUAUCUAAUAUUUUUGAAACUCGGCGAGGAAGUGAGAAGGAAAACGUGUGCGCAAACGAGAUCUAUAAUAUAUUAGGGUUAUCGUCACAGGCGUAGCCAAAACGUAUGUGCGCAAACGAGUUGUAGCCGUUUAUCCGGCACCUGAUAAUAUCGCGUGUACAAUGUCCUGCACGUCACUCGGUUAAACAUAACGACAAUAAUAUUUUAUUGCUGUCCACCGUCGAAGUCUCUGGGGCGUCAGAAUUGAGGGACUGCGUUGCGGCGCCUAAGAUAAUGUUUAAACUGCAACUGGUGACGCGGCAGUACACGAGUCAUUCGUUCUAAAAUCUCCGGGUGGUACCGGUACGACUAACAAUAAUAUAUAUUUAUUUUAUUUUAUUUUUUAUAUUGUUGUUACGAUCGCGAGUUUUGUGACUGGGCGGCAGUAGAUCUUACACUACGACAUUAUAUUAUUAUAUAAUGUAUUUUAUAAUAAAUAUUAUUAAAUACCACAUUACGUUAUUAAUUAUACAUUG